AGCACGAAGAUGGCGUCGGAGGGAGCCAGCGGACAGCACCCUCCUCCUCCUCCGGUUCAGCAAGCCCUCACCGCCGCCGUGCUGGGAAGCGUCGACACGAAAUGCGACUUCAACAUGGAUAACCUAAGCAAGCCAGAACUGUUGACACUGCUGAGCAUCAUGGAGGGCGAGCUGGAGGCCCGCGACCUGGUCAUCGAGGCCCUCAGGGCUCAAAGGAAAGAAGUAUUCCUGCAGGAGCGCUAUAGCCACUUCAGCCUGACCGACCCCUUUCUGGCGCUGCAGCGGGACUUUGAGUGUGGUGUCCCACGAGGUGACAAGGAGCGGCGGCCGCUGGGCUCCAGCCCCAUGUCUGUCCUGGAAGCUGUCAUGGCGCACUGCAGGAAGAUGCAGGAGCGCAUGUCCACACAGCUGGCUGCUGCCGAGAGCCGCCAAAAGAGGCUGGAGAUGGAGAAGCUGCAGCUGCAAAGCCUGGAGCAAGAACACCGCAAGCUGACGGCUCAAUUGAAGGACGAGCGCGAGAAGAACAAGCACAUCGUCAUGAUGCUGGUGCGCGAGUGCAAGCAGCUGGCCACGCGGGUGGUGGAGGAAUCGCAGCGCUUCGAUGAGCUCCAGGCCCGACUGGAUGAAGAGGGUCAAGCCUCAGGCCGGCUUCGUGAGGAGCUGAGCACCGAGCGGCAGCGCGGUCAGCAGAUGGAGGCCGAGAUGGAGAAACAGCUGUCCGAGUUGGAUACUGAGCGCGAGCAGCUGCGGGCCAGGCUGGGUCGCGAAGAGGCUGAGAGUCAGAACCUACGGCAGCAGGUGGAGCAGCUCAGAACUGAUUGCGGGGGUGCCAAGGAUGGCACAAAUCCUGCCACCCCCACCUGUACGCCACCCAUGACCUCUGUUUCAGUGGCCACAGAACCCGUCCACUCUCGGACAGCAUCCUGCCAAACGGACCAGCCCCUCGUUGAGGUGGAGGGUCCCAAGAAGACUACUCUCACAGUAGCCGCAAAACCCACCUCUGGCCCUUAUACCGGUCUUAGCCUGCCUAAGACCACCGCUCGGGGAAUCGUUCACAGUAGUUCAGGGGGGCUGUCGCAAAGCGAGAACGGCUCCGAGGCCCAAACCACCCCCCACGGCCUACCCAGCGGUGUCAGCCCCCGUGUCCAGGCAGCCCGCUACAAGUUCCAGGAACAGGACCAAAACGGUACCGCCUCCCAGAGUCCUCCGGCCAGAGAUCCCUCACCCAACAACCGAGAUAACUUUGCUGCCAAGCAACAAGCGCGUCACACUGUCACCCAAGUCCUGUCGCGCUUCACUAGCCCACCAGCAGGGGGUGGGGGAGGUCUGCGGCCAAGCCUCCCUCACUCUGCCUCUGAGGGAGGGUCCUUCCCCAGCCGCCUCAGCCACCCCAUUGGCCUUAAGUCCCCCACCGUGGCCCGAAUUGACCGGGGCAACCCUCCGCCUAUCCCUCCAAAGAAACCAGGGCUCUCCCAGACCCCUUCCCCUCCUCAUCCGACAAUGAAGGUGGUGGGGGACGGUGGCCGCGCUCACGGAGCGGGGCUCAAAUCGGCUACACCUCAGCUUCCACCCAAACCCGCCCUGGAUCUGGUACCAGCCCUGACGGCCUCUCAGGUGGGUGCAUGCCCCCUCCGUCGCUCUCCAGGACCCAUCCAGUUUGCAGAUUGCCCCCCUGUCAUCACCACUGCCAUCCCCUCCAUCAAUCCCAUUCCCUCAUCCCACUCCGUUAGUGCUCCAUUCAACUGUAUCCCCUGUGCCCCCGCAGUCAGCCCCCUGGCAACAGCAUCAGGCUGGUGUCCCUCCGUAGUCUCCCCUCUCGGUGGCGGUGGGCCCGCUGCCCUGGACGGCGGGCGGCCGCUCCUCCUACUUCAAGCUGCUUCCCAGGGAAAUGCCACUUUAUUGUCAAUGCUGCUUCACCAACCCCACCCGACCACGUCCGACCACGCCCACCGAAACACUGCCACGGACAACCAGCCCACCCGCCACCCACCACAAGACCUCGUCCACAACUUGACUGCUGCCUUGUUCUCUGCUGCUUACCACGGACACACAGAGUGCGUGAAGCUGCUGCUGUCUUCUGGCUCACCUGCUGAUGUGUCCGACCGAAACCGAUUUACACCUUUGCACUUUGCCGCCACCCACGGCCACAGUGGCUGUGUGGAGGCUUUGCUGGCCGCGGGCGCAGCUGUGGACGCGGCUGCGGACGGUGGCCAGACCGGCCUCUUCCUGGCCAGUGGGGCGGGCAGGAAACACUGUGUCCAAAUCCUGCUGAGCGCCGGUGCUGAUCGCUCCCUCAUGGCCACGGAUGGCUGCACGUGUCUUCACGCGGCGGUUCGAUCAGGCCACGUGGACACGCUGCGUCUACUCCUCUGUCACCACGGCCUGAGAGACCCCACCUCCACCCUUGAAUCCGAUGGAGACCCUGCAUUACCUGCCACACUCCUGAACCACGCCAACUCUGAUGGAUGGACGGCUGCUCACAUGGCUGCCGCUCUCGGCCUGAAGGAGUGUCUGGAGGUUCUGUGUAGCCACCGUGAGCAAGACAUUGAAAGGAGAGAUAAAUGCAAUCGCACCAUUCAUGACGUUGCCACUGACGACUGCAAAGAGCUAUUGGAGAACCUUAAUCAGUAUCUCGUCCUGGUGCGUCUUCAGUAUUCCGAUAGCGGUCCGAUGUGUGCCGUGGAUUGGGAUGAUAAUGAGAACCGGGCCGAGUUCCAGUCAGUGCUGUGCAGGAUCUCAGUGGACCGCUCAAUGACCUGGCCACAGUUGAGUGUCACCAUUAGCCACGCCUUCACCGCACACCUGCACUUGCUGUGUGGUGAGGAUGCACAGCAUCCCCCGCUAGGACUAACCACCGAUAGCAUCGCCUCCAUUAUGAUUGGAGGAAAUGACUGGCGGCCAGGUCAAGAACUUCCUUUCUCGCCUUGGGAUCUAGUUCGGAAACCUCUGAGUCAGGUCAUCACUGUCCGACUAAAAGGUCUUUCUGAAUCAUGUCUGGAUGAGUUGGCUCUGGAAUCUCUCUUCCCGCUGCCUGUGCUGCUCAACUACGUUCGCUUGGUGGAACAAUACGGGAGUGUCAUCCUUCACGGCUUGGAGGACAGCUGUCAGGACUACAUUGCCGCUUCAUUGGCUCGCUGCAUCAAGUCCAAGCAGGAGGCAUGCGGUCAUGUGUGCGAUGUGGUGAAUGUGGAAGUACAAAACUGUCUGACCAAGGAGAAGCUGCUGGACACCCUUGUCUCAUGUGGCUUCCUGGUACCGGCGGCGGCAUCAUCCAAUAAUGGCAGCUGCGUGGUUCUGCUGUUGCAAGGUUUGGAGAAGGCGGCAUCCUUAUCAGGCCUGCUGGGGGAUCUGUGCCACAGCUUGGAUAACAGAAACUCCACCACCCCCAUGCUGCUCAAUGCUGGUCCGCACCACUUCUGCCAACGCAGCUUCCUGAUCGGCUCCCUCUCAAAGCACCGCCUCCAGGGCUCAGAGCUGAGGCUCCAGCAGCAUUUCCGGUGGCUGCGUCUGCGCUGGGAUCAAGAGCCCCUUCACGGAUUGUUGGGUAGACACCUGCGCAGGAAGUUGCUGAACCAGACAGGAAGCGUGGCGUGGUCUAAUGAUGGCAUCAUGGAGAAGGCUGUAGUAUGGGUGGCUCAGGUGUGGCAGCAACUCAACGCCUGCCUGGCACAUCUGGGCACACACGAAGCAUUGAUGGGACCUGGUCACUUCCUGGCAUGUCCCGUCCACACCAAUGACGCAUACGCCAUCGCCAGGUGGUUGUCUCGGCUGUGGAGCGCUGUGGUGGUUCCUCGCGUGGAGGCAGCGAUCGUCUCUCGGGUGACGGCAAGGCGCUCUCCACCAACGUCACCGAGCAAUGUUGUUCUGAGCGCUGGCCAGCAAGCGGUGGUAAAGGCCGCGCUUAGCAUCUUGGUCAACAAAGCCGUCCUGCGGGGAUGCCCACUCCCUCGCCACGAAGUCAUGUUCAGGGGCGGGGCGCUCCCUUUGACCGCCAUUAGCUCUUUUAAAGGAACCAGCGCUGGAAGAAAGUGUCGAGACAAGCUGAGACGAUCCAAUACCAGCCCUCGAAAGAAAGCAAGUCCUGCUUCCAGCUGGACUGGGAGCUCCUUUAGUCACGGCACGGUCUCCACUACAGAUGUAAGCUGUAUCACAAAUGGCAAAAUCCACAGGGAGGUGUCCACUUUGUCUUUGUUUUCCGAUGACGAGACCGACUUGAUCCAAGAGCUUCAGUCGUUAUGCUCCAGCAAGUCAGAACCAGACAUCAGACAGAUGUUGUCGUCUAAGGACGACAAUGUCCUUUUGUUUGUCAAUGGAGGUCUUGCCGGAGCUCCGCCCCCGCCACCACAGCAGGAAGUAGCUGUGGAACAAUCAGCUCAGCCGUCGCAAUUGACUCAGGCCGCCGUCCAGAGCGCUGAACCACGCUCGUGCCCUCGGGUCAAAUCUCAGUUGCCCGUGCCCAGCAGGGGGCAGCAGCAGCCUCCUCCUCGAGUCCCUGUGAGCAACCACCGCCACCACAACAACAACAGCAGCAGCAGCAAAGCAAACAGCAGCAGCAAGAACAACAAACAAGCACAGGAGCACAUCUGGCUCCUACAACAACACAAUGACAGAUAA